AAUUAUUUUUUUUCUUCGUUCAACUGGAAGCAAUUGCGAUAUUUCUAAAACGCAAAUGAAACGUAAUUCAAAGAAUUGGCAUUUUAUUUUUGCAAAGAUCAAUCAGUAGGUCGAUGGGAAUUGAAGUUAAACAAAAGAUUGGGGUCCUUUUCAAUGUCAUUGUGGACUCAUGUUCGGAAAAAAGGUCUUUGUGUACGAACGUUCUCAGUACGAUUUUAUAGCAUCGGAAGUGAAUACUCGAGGCAUAGAGGGACUGUCGAAACUCGAGUUGAACCUUUUCUUCUCGCCUUGGAUGGCAGUGCACCAGGGAAAGAUACUGACAGCGAGUGGAAACCAAACGGUCGAAGCUUGGGCAGCUCAAAAUCUUGUAGCUCCAGAAAUUCCGACCUCGGAUGACAGUACGGACCAGAUUCAUUCUCUGAAUGGUGCUUCGCCCAACGAUUGGAUAGCAGAGCACCUUCUACAUCCAAGCACACCAAUUUUGCUACCGAGUCUCAUACAGCUUCACAAAAACAAAACGUUGUCGCAGACACUCGGUAAUCUUCUUCUGGACGAAGCUUUUCUCGCGUUGCGUCUUGAAAUUUUGUCCUCUCACAUUCAAAAUACCCAAGAUACGGUAUCUCAAAAAACGUGACUCAUAAUACCAAUUUAUGUAAAAUCAAAGUUUUUCGACUAAAAAUUGUGAACCAUUGAAGAAUCUGUGUCUGCAUUACUCUUUGAUUUUGCCAAUGAAUUUUAUACAAGAUAUCACUUCGAAACUCCGUAACAAAUUUUCUCAACCGUCGAUGUUAUAAUAAAUAUCUCUCAAAUAACCACCCUGUUCAUGCUGCACAAUCACGUACAAUUUCAGAUUACAAAAUUCAGUUGUAGAGUACGAAUGCGUGUCACAUAAACUCGGCUCGAAUUUUCAAUUCACCGUUUGACCAAUUACACAAAAACUCCUUUUCGUAAUCGAUCGUAUUCACGAUAGAAAGAUACGGACUGAUCUUUUUUAAAAAAAAGUCCAAAAAGUCGACUCAUUUUUUACUAGAUUAUGUAAGUCCUGUAGAGCAAUUGAUUUCGAUUGAUUAUUUUCUCGAACGAUCGUAUUAGACGUCAGUUAUCAGCAUCAAAUUAUAAAUUCAUUAUUUGUCUAAUUUCAAUAAUUUCUAACGAUAAGUAUUUCUGCUUUGCAUACUGACACAGAACGGUCGCAACUUAACUUAGUAGAUCAAUUCAAAACCGACCACGAAAACACGUGUCUCUACUUCGAAAAUCAAACAAAAGUGAAGAAAAAAUUUGAUAUUCUCAUUAUCCAGAUAAAUAGGUUUGCUGAUUACACGCUCAUCGAAUAUACGUGAGGCCACUCAGGCGAGAAAAUAAAAUUGCUGUAAUAAUAUUCAUCAAGUGUUCUCUGUUCAUUAAUAUUCACAAAAAUGGUAUAAAACUGAGAAUAUUUUUAAGUGUCCGUUCAGUUUGGCAGGUGAAGUUGAAAUGGGCAAAAUCGUGAAUUUUUAAAUUCGUCGCUCCUUUGCACAAAACGUCAUUUUGUAAGAAUAAAAUCCAUUUCUUCUCGUGGCUCGUUGAUAAAAAUUCAAGUUAAAAUGGCAAAAAUGCUGCGAGAAAUAUCAGAAAAAAAUGGAGAAACAUGGACUCGUAGUCCCACUCUGCUGCUGCUGCUCGUAUUAACAGCGACGAUGAGCAACGUCGAGAGCGUAGCUGUGAAACCGCAAUUGGGUGACUCCGUAGCAGUAUUCGGUGGUUUCCAACAUCUCGACGAAUUCAUGAGAAGUUUCAUACACAGGGGCGAGGACGCGAUAAAGCCUUAUAGUGGAGAAAGAGUGAACGUUUUUAAAAACGUAUUGGCCGAGUCGAAGCCUUCGAGGGAGCAAAGAACUUCGACAUUCUCAACUAGAAAAAUUCAAAUUAAAUUAUGCGGCGACGUCGAUGCUCUGCUGAAAACGUACUUCAGCAAUUUCUACAUCGAAGGGAUGCACAAACCUUGGCGCGCUCUCACCGAAGAUUGGUCCGCAGCUGCGACCGCUGAGCGUUUGGGUAUAGACGCUUCCUACCUCACGAGUGAUUACUUCUUCGGCCUUCUCAGAAUCGCAAGAGGACGUGACAGUCAAAAAAUAGACGAUUCGCGUGGUUCCAUGAACGUUAAGGACGACGUUGUCGUGGCAGUAAAAGACCUCGUUACUGAUGGGAUAUCUGGUUUUGCCGAAAUUUUGUCCGAAUACGGUUCACAUUACGUCACUUCUUACACUACUGGAAAUUCCCUUUACCAGGUCUUUGUGUACAAACGUUCUCAGUACGAUUUUAUAGCAUCGGAAGUGAAUACUCGAGGCAUAGAGGGACUGUCGAAACUCGAGUUGAACCUUUUCUUCUCGCCUUGGAUGGCAGUGCACCAGGGAAAGAUACUGACGGCGAGUGGAAACCAAACGGUUGAAGCUUGGGCAGCUCAAAAUCUUGUAGCUACAGAAAUUCCGACCUCGGAUGACAGUACGGACCAGAUUCAUUCUCUGAAUGGUGCUUCGCCCAACGAUUGGAUAGCAGAGCACCUUCUACAUCCAAGCACACCAAUUUCGCUACCGAGUCUCAUACAGCUUCACAAAAACAAAACGUUGUCGCAGACACUCGGUAAUCUUCUUCUGGACGAAGCUUUGCUCGCGUUGCGUCUUAAAAUUUUAUCCUUUCCCAUUGGAGAUACCGAAAAUAGCGAUUUACUCCAGAAAUACUGUUUACUUUAUCUCCAGGAACGUGAUCCAUAAAACCAACACACCGAUCCUGGUGUAAUUUAUGGCUCAAAUAAUCGAUGAAUGGAUCGUUUGGAAAGAUCCUGCUUUUUUAAUAUUUUCCUGUUUAUACUUGGAACUAUUGAAUUCUCCUUCCAGCUGUGAACUAUGAAAAAUGUGUUUUUAAUUUUUUUUUUUUUUUUUCAUUCAUUCAUUCAUUUCUACCAAUGAAUUAUAAAGUACAGAAUAAAAUCAGUUUGAAACUCAGCUAAAUCUUGUGAUCAAUUCUCCUAUUUACUUUACCUUAAAAAACCAUGCUGUGCAAACUUCAUGAUCGAAAAUAAGAAAUGAAUUCAAAACUCAACGAUUGAAGAAUCAGAGAAGGAACUUAAUAAUUAUAUAAAGCAACCUUUUCUGUCUACGAUACAGAAAGUUACGUGUUUCAGCAACUGUUGAAAAAAGUAGUAAUGGGGUGUACUCGAAAAAGCACUUUUAAAUCCUCGGACUGAAAAGUGCACUAAAAAAGCACUUUCAACUUUUAGGAUUUAAAAAUGCUCUUCCUGGCACAGAGAAACGCAUUCUAAGAUUUUAAAAAGGAAGAAUACCACAAGUGAAGAAAAAGACAGGAGGAGCCGAAUGUAACUUCCAGUGUUAGCAUAGCUCGAACCAUCGGUCAAAGAGAAAUAUAGCUAGACAUCUGGCUCUCUAAAAAAUACCAGCGAGUACCGGUCGUGCUUAAAACGUUGAAUCAAACAAAUCCUAAAUAAACAAUUUUUCAAAAUUCUGAGUAUACACCUGGCACAAAUACUCUCUUCCUUCAAAUAAGAAUCAAAUAAAAAAUAUGUGUGCUUAGUCAUAGUAUUCUAACCUGUUAAGGAUAACGAAUUUGAAUAGGAAUGAGUAUGCAAUGAGAGAAAUGUUUCAUGACAGUUUUGAAAAUUUUUGCUA